AUGGCUUUGGUAUCUAAAAGCACAAAAACCAAAGCUUCAUUUCUAAAAUUUCAAUUUACAGCGCACAAACGUAAUCUUUAUGAAAAGUACAAAAAAUCUGAAAAAGAAUUAAGGCAUUAUUGUAAACCUAUCAUUAACAAUCAAAUACCAAAAUUUAUAAAAAAAUUAGAAACAUCUAAUUUAUCUGAUGACUUGAAGCAUAAAUCAGUUUUUGCUCUAAAUAAUCUUUCAAGUUUUUUAGAGACUAUACAUGUAAUUUAUAUUAAUACAAAAAAAAAACGAGAAAAGAUUUUAUAA